AUGGCACGAAAAGUGCAGAUUUCUCUGGAGAAUUUCAAGGAGAUUUCCAGUUGCAACGUCUGUUUCAGUACAGUGAAAGAUCCCUGGACCCUACCUUGCGGGCAUUUCUUCUGCUAUGACCCAUGUCUCACCGGGCUGAUCAAACACCAACUGAACAAGUGCCCAACAUGCCGCAAGACAUUCCACCACACGCAGGUGAACCCAUUCUAUUUUUUCCGAGACUUCAUACAAAAAGCCAAAUUGGAUGGAGAGGUAGGGGACGAUCGGGAAGGUGAUAUGACUGUGAAGGAAAUUAUGGGAGAAUCAUGGACAACAAGGAAAGCACCCUCACCACCUCCGCUAGAUUAUGAAAUCGAUAGACCACCACUUUCUGAAGAGAGUUAUGAAGCCGAAAGACUCGCUUUUCUCAUGUCAAAUGAUCCAACUUUUAUUCCUGUAAGUCAGAGACCACCUGAGAAUAGACGGUGUCCGAGAUGGCCUGUUUGUGAUGGACGAAACUGUCCACACAUUCAUCCUAAUAGGCUUUGCAUGGACUUAUUAUGUCCAGGAGGUGAAGUAUGUGAUCUGGUUCAUGCAGAUACUUUCAUAAAUCUUUUACAAGGCGGAGAUAGCAGAAAUUAA